AUGGCACGCGCCCCGGUAUCGACGAUGCUGUCGUCCGACAAUCCGCGGCCGCCUCCUCAGCGCCGCCGCACUUCUUCCGGCCGGCGGCUAACGGCGGUGGCGGCGGCCACCGCCGCCGCUUCCAUCGAGGAGGGAAACGAGGAGGAACAAGCCCCGGUCUGGCGACCGGUCUCGUUCGAGAAGGCCAAGUCGGAACCUAGCACCGCCGCCCCGCCGCCGGCCAGGAGAACAACGCCGGGGCGCCCCGGGACGACGUGCACCUUGCUGGCUUCCGUGGGGCCUAGUUUCUUGCAGGCGGGAAGCGCGCAGGAUUCGUGUAGCAGCGUCAACAGCGGGUGUUUCGACCAAGGCAGCAGCUCCGGGCGGGGCGGCGGCGGCGGCGGCGGCGGCGGCGGUAGCGUCUGCGCCUCGCCCUCCUCCGUCGCCUCCGGCACCGGGAGGAGGAGGGCGAGGACGAACAGCAGCGCCUCGGUGCUCAAGGCCGCCGCGACUUCCUCCGUGACUCCGCGAUCGACGGCGAGCGCGCCGAUGUUUUCGCCCGGGGGCGGGGGAGGGGGCCGCCGUCACCGCGGCGGCGGCGAACGCCCCCGGUCGCUUCCGCCACCGCACGGCAUCCCCAACUCGCGGAGUAGCGGUCGGCCUCUGCGGCAUCAUGGUCAACAAGGCGGCGGUGUCGCCGAGGUCGGCGGUGGACAUCAUCCAACGCGGCAAAGGUCCAGCGGGGGGGUGCCGUUGCCGUUGCCGUCGCCGUCGCCGUCGCCGUCGCCUGCGGCUGCUGCUGCUGCCGCCGCCGCUUCGUGGGCGGAGGUGGAAGCCCUGGCGCUGACGUCGAUCGUGCCCGCGGUGAGAGAGGCCGCGGAUUCGGUCGCUCGCCUCAUGAAGGCGUCCGGCGGCGGCGGCGGCGGGGGGGGGAAUUGGGUGGGGUGGUGCGGUUCCGUGGCUCGGACCUUACGGAGGGCGGUGCGCGUGCUUGCGAAGGCGACGGCUCACGAUGAGCAAGUCGAGCGCGUCUUGAUGGAGGACAUCCAGGAGAGCAUCUGCGAGAUGAGCGAGAUCAUGCAGUGCUACGCGAGCAGGGGGCUCUCCGCCGAGGAGGCGUUUUGGUCGGGGCUGUGCCAUCGCCGGCAGUCCGAGGCUGAGCUGGCCAUCGCCCUCGCUUCGCAACGGCUUGAGCUCGUCAUGAAGGUUCGCGCGGGAUACAGCGGCGGCAGCAGCAGCAGCAGCCUGCUGGAGGCAUCGGAUCGCCAUUCGCGGAUGCAGCGAAGAUCCUCUCAGGAGAUUCUUGAAGAUUCCAAGACAAGGUUGAGGGAGUGGCGGCUUCACCAGGUGGAAAUUCCGGCCACCGAGGUUGAGGUUGUGGGUGACGAGGUCCUCGGAGACGGGGAUGGCGGGGGCGGCGGCGGCGGGGGGGGUAGAGGUAGUGAAGACAAAAGGAACAGCACGGUUUCCACCACGGUGUACCUGGGCAGCUGCAUGGGGCUAAACGCGGCGGUCAAGGCUUUUUCUUUCAAAGGAGGAGGAGGAGGAGGAGGAGGAGGAAACGGGUCAUCGGAGUCGACGGCGGCGCCCGCGCCAAUGCCGCUGGACGACCGCGCCCUGCGCCGCAUCGUGGGAGACGUUUGCUCCGGCAUGGCGCACCUGGCGGACCUGGGGUUCGUCCACGGAGGGUUGUCGUCGAGCAACGUGCUGUUGGACGCCAGGGGGAGAGCUAAGAUCUCGGAUCUCGGGCCGCUGCUGCGGACGCCGGUGGCCGGCAACACCACGCGGCUCCGGUACACGGCGCCGGAGGUGCUGGCCGGCGAGGACACGAGCCUAAAGAGCGACGCCUACAGCUUCGGCAUGCUGGUGCUGGAGUGCCUCACGAGGCGGCUUCCCUGGCAGCAGGAGGACGACGAGGACGCCGCUACCACCGCCGCCGCCAUCGAUGACGGGACGACUACGUCAUCGGCGGUGGAAGAUGCUCGGCUUUCGCGGACCGUCAUGAGCGGAGACCGGCCGGGCGUGCCGGGGGACGCGCCCCGCGACCUGGCGCGCGUCGCGAAGGACUGCUGGGCCCACGACCCGGCCUCCAGGCCGGACAUGGUCCGCGUGCUGGAGGACCUCUACCCGACGGGGCUGACAGCAACAAGCGCGGCGGCGGGGGUAGCGGCUGGAGAGUCGGGUGAAGCUGUGCCUACUAAUAGUAUGACGACAAGGGUGGACGACGACGACGACCAUCACCAUCAUCGGCACGGCGAGGCACGUGUACUGCAUGGUGAUGAGGAUGACAGCAGUGGCCUCAGGCCGGGGCCCAGGGGCGCCGGGGCGGUCAGGAGGACGCGGGGGAUCGGCGACGGGACGACCCCUCGGAGUUUCGAGCUCUCCUCCCCUAGGAAGAUGUUCCCGUUCCCGUCGUCGGGCGCGGGCUCGCCCCUCGCGACCAUGACGACCCCGGGAACUCCCUGCAGCAGCAGCGGCAGGAGCAGGAGGCGUGCCACCUCUUUGGAGACCUUCUCCACUCUGGGCGUGUCUUCGACGACGUCUUCGGCAAGAUCCAGCGUGUCGCGCCACGUCCGCGGGGCUUCGGCCGGCGGCGGCGGCGGCGGCAGGGGGGGACGGGUCCUUGGUGUUGGUGGUGGUAUUGCUGGCGGAGGCGUGUUGUUUGCGGAGCGUUCCCACACGAUGCCGGUCAGGACGCAAAGGUCGCGCAGCAGGAAGGGCGACGGGGCGGAUGCCCCCAGCAGAGCCGAGUCGUUGCCCUGCGUGCAGUAUUUAGCAGCUCAAGAAAUCUCACACCAAUGAACUGCUACUACUACUGCGUACUCCGCCAUGUAUCGAACCGUCCGUUGGCUAUUUAUAGAGAUGGAUGGAUGGGUGGAUAGAGAGAGUACCAACAGUGAACAAGCAUUAGGUCUAUGAUGUACUAGUUAGAGCUAGGUUUUGUUCUCGGAAGGUACGACUCGGGCGAGAAGGCUUUUUUUUUCGCUUUUUGCGCUUCACCGCGAAGAGGUUUUGCAAAGAUGAAUAAUCAGCCGUGCGUGGUGGUAUCGUUGUAAUACUGUGUGUAUGUCGUAUGUGACUCAGCUCCCGAUGGGAGAGGGGGGCUGACCAGGUGUGCAUGUAUUUGUGUGGGUGUUUGGGGAUCAGUUUCUUGGGGAAAGGAAGCUUUCAUGUUGUGUAAAGUAAAAGGGAAGGGAAGGGGAGAUAAGGGGGGGGGGGGGGGGGCACCGUCAUUCGCACCGAAAUUGAUUGUAGGGUAUGUAUAGUAUGUAGAGUAGGUCUGCCUCACUAUGGCGUGUCUUGUUUUUAACUGGGGGUGUAUGUGUGGUGCGUGGUUUGCUCACUAAUUGUCACGAGUUUGCGGAAAUAGUAGUAAACAGAGCGAUCGACCAGCCGGGCGAUACGAUCUUUCUUAAAUAACGUGAUAAGUUAUUGUCGUUUCUAUGUAUGUAUGUAUCACUUCAAACCAGUGUUGUUAGAAUUCAUCGAUCGGCGGUUCAGCCGUUUUUUUGGAUCAGCCUACCAAUGGCCGUCGCUUCUGUUUUCGGAAAGUAUUCCCCUUUGUCAAGUCUGUCUACAGGAAAGAGUAGUACCGUGGCCACGGCUGCUUUCCCAAUUGAUUUGAACUAGAGGCGAGAGCCGACCAAGACUUCGUGCCGCGGUGUCGGGAUGUCGGGAUGGGCACGCGCGGCUACUGCCAAGAGGCAACGGCUUGGAGUUUUUUCUGCAUGUUAUUUCUUCUGUCACAUCACGUCACAAAAAAUCACAGGGAUGUUCA